AUGUCGGAGCGGCGGGCGCGGGGGCCGCUCCAGCGGGUGCAGCGCCGGAGCCGGGAGCUGCGGGAGCAGGUGGAUGCGCUGCGGGCGGAGAGCGCGGCCGCCACCCCCGGGCAGCGGGAGGCCCUUCGGCAGAGAUGUAUCCAGCUGAAGAAACUGGUGGAGGAGAAUACAAGUGCUCUCCAUGCUUUGAAAAAAGCUGACGAGCCCGCUCCAGUGGGGAAUUACAGCCAGAGGAAGGAAGAAGAGGAGAAGCUGCUGCUAAAACUCUCCCAGCAGCUGCAGAAACUCCUCCUUGUCUUGGGUCAGGAUAACGUGACAAAGUAUUACAGAGUGGAUGAGGAACAUCAGAAAGGUCCUCAUGGAAAAGAUGGAAAUGAAGAAGAGGAGGAAAGUGAAGAUGAAGAAAGUAGUGAGGAGGAAGACAGUGAAGAAGAAGAAGAAGAUGAGGAGAAGUUGUUGGAUGAUCCAAACGUUAAAGAAUGUGUUGCUGUUGGAAACUUUGAGGCACAGCAGGAAGGGGAUCUCACAUUUGAGAAAGGUGAAAUCCUGCUUAUCCACGACAAGAAGGUGGAUGGCUGGUGGGUGGCUGAAAAUUCCAAGGGGGAGAGAGGCCUCGUUCCCAGGACCUACCUUGCGGUUCCCAAGAAAGAGGAAGAAAGCCAGGAGGAGAGAGAGGAACACAUAGAAGUGGUGGAUGAAACAGCAGAUGGGACUGAAAUUAAAAGAAGGACAGACUCUCACUGGAGUGCUGUACGAGCCAUCACAGAGCAUGACACAGUGCAGGUACUGACCACCAUAGGAGCAGUUCCCACAGGAUUCCGCCCAUCCACGCUUUUCCAGCUCCUAGAGAAAGGCGAUGAGUUUCGAGCGAGUUCCUACUUGCAGCCUGAGCUGACUCCAUCCCAGCUGGCUUUCAAAGACCUGGUGUGGAACUCUGAAAAAAACACUAUCCAUCCCAGAGUGACCAGAGUGUCCCAGGUUGUGAGUUUGUGCAGCUGCAAGAUGAUCCCUGUGCCAGGAGCCAGCAUGCAGGUGCUGAGCAGGCACGUCCGACUCUGCCUGUUCGACGGCACGCGGGUGCUGAGUAACAUCCACACGGUGAGAGCCACGUGGCUGCCUAAAAAUCCUCAGACAUGGACCUUUUCUCCAAGGGUGAUGGGCCUCUUACCCAGCUUGCUGGAUGGUGACUGUUUUGUCAGGUCCAACUCUCUGUCAUCAGACAUUGGGAUAUUAUUUGAGCUUGGCAUCACUUACACGUGCAAUUCUACAGGUGUCAGGGGAGAGCUGAGCUGUGGCUGGGCAUUCCUGAAGCUUUUCACUUCUAAUGGGAUUCCUGUCCCUUCCAAGAUGUACGAGCUGCUGCUGAGUGGUGGAACUCCCUAUGAGAGAGGUGUCGAGGUGGACCCCUCAAUAUCGAGGAGAGCAGCUGGUGGGGUUUUCCAUCAGUUCCUGGCACUCAGGAAACAGCCUGUGCUGCUGGUGAAGCUGAGGUCACCGAGUGUGCAGUCCAGAGAUGUCCUGAAUUUUCUGCCAGAAACGUUAAUUGGGAGCACGAGCUCCGUCCAUCUCUUGGCGUUUUAUCGGCAAAUCCUCGGAGACGCCCUCCUGAGGGACAGGGCGAGCAUGCAGAGCACAGAUUUAAUCUGUAAUCCUGUUUUAGCAACUUUCCCUCAGCUCGUGGAUCAGCCAGACCUGAUGGAUGCGCUUCGGAGUGCUUGGGCAGACAGAGAAAGAACAUUGAAGAGAACUGAGAAGAGAGAUCAAGAAUUCCUGAAGUCUGUGUUUGUCCUGGUGUACCACGACUCUGUCUUCCCUCUCCUCCAGUCCACGUUCCUCCCCAGCUACAAGUGGGCUGAGGAGGAGGCAGAAAUGUCCCGCUGGAAGGCGAUCCAUGACUUCUUGAGGAAGAGCCGGGAGAACGACGGCGCUCUGCAGUACCUGCUGUCCUCAGAAACCACCCACAAAGCCUUUGACAUCUCAGAGCUGGCUUAUGAUUUCUUAGGGGAAGUGAGGAAAAAUCCUGGAGAAUUAACGGAUUAAAGAACAAUUCAGGCUCUCCAAGGACGAGGUGACAAUACAAAUAAAUUCUUCCCAAAGGGACCGUA